ACAGAGGCCUUCAAAGUCUUUAAACCAGCUCAAAAUAUCUUCAUCAUAGCGUCGACAUGGCUUGCCAAGAGACUCAAUUCGAGAAGCAAAUUAUUGACUUGUACGACCAAAUCUCUAAACUCAAGAGCCUUAAACCUUCAAAAAAUGUCGACACUUUGUUCCAACAGCUCAUGUCCACGUGCUUGCCGACGGAGACAAACAUCGACGUCAAGAAGAUGUGCCCAAAAGUCCAAGCCAUCAGAACAAAUCUCAUCAAGCUACGUAGUGAAGCCGUAGGAUAUUCGGAGCAACACUUCUCUACGGUCUUAGGAUCUCUCGAAGACAACCCACUUCACCAUUUAGAUCUCUAUCCUUACUACACCAACUACCUCAAACUUACCAAGCUAGAGUUCGAUCUCCUCACGAAACACUCGAGUCAUGUCCCGAUCAAGAUCGCUUUCGUGGGUUCGGGUUCGAUGCCCUUCACAUCCAUCGUCCUGGCUAAGUUCCACCUCCCAAACACGACGUUUCACAACAUCGACAUCGACCCUCAAGCCAAUUCCCUUGCAUCCCGUCUUGUAUCACGUGAUCCCGACCUCUCCAAUCGCAUGAUCUUUCACACAACGGAUAUACUCGACGCCACGGAGAUUCUACGUGGCUACGAUGUCGUUUUCUUGGCAUCGCUUGUUGGGGUGGACAAAGAAGCCAAACUCAAAGUGAUUGAACACUUGGAGAAUCACAUGGCUCCUGGAGCUCUGCUCAUGCUUAGGAGUGCUCGAGGCCUUAGAUCUUUCCUAUAUGUAGACGUUGAUCCUUGUGAUCUAAAAGGUUUCGAGGUCUUGGAAAUCUAUCACCCGUCCAUGUCCGAUGGCUUUGUGAACUCGGUGAUGGUCGCACGCAAAAGCAGUGAUUGAAUAAGCAAGAGUGGUGUAUCGGAACUCGAUCAUUAAAUUCAUAAGAAACAGGGCAGAUGAUGUUUUCCUAAGAAAUUAGGUCAAGAUUG